CAGACCUCUCUACAUAAUCAACCCUUAAACCACGAUCGCCACUGCACCGCUACUCCUGCGUCUACAACUCGAAUGACAGACACUCUUCAGUGAAUGGUGCCUCCACCCCCGAGAAUUGAUGUUUGAAAAUGAGAGUGUUCAUCUUUCCUUCAGAGGAUGCUGACGGGACCUUUUUGUGGAGUGUUUUCCAUCUAGUGAGGAAUAUUUCUCAGGUGUGCAGGAAGAAAAUGAAUGACUGCUAUCGUUCCUCUGGAUGGUUGGAGCUCACUGGGUUAUAAAAAGGCUGUUAUCAACUGCAACCGUCUUCUGCACAAGUCACCCUGGAUUUUGUUUGUGUUUGCAUCUGCAUAGCAUAAGUGGAAAAGCUUAACUGAACAUAUUUUCAUUAAGGAUAAAAAAACUAAGCUGAGAACUGGCAAUCAUGUCUCAGUGGAGGCACCACUCAGAAACUUGGAGUGCUUUCUUUCAGACUGCCAGGAACAGGGGCAGGAGGAUGGGAUGUGAACCAAUUAGAAGUUCACUGGGCUUGGGCUUCUGGGUGUUUACACUAACAUGGGUCGGAACGCUGCUUCUGCUGUGUCCGGUUGCCGUGUUGGCCGAGAAACUGGAUGAGAAUGACCCGGUGGUCACAACCGCCUACGGCAGACUGCGCGGCAUCAAGAAGGAGCUCAACAAUGAGAUCCUGGGGCCCGUCAUCCAGUUUCUGGGCGUCCCCUACGCCACCCCGCCCACUGGCGAGCGCCGUUUCCAGCCUCCGGAGCCGCCGGCAUCAUGGUCGGACAUUCACAAUGCCACGCACUUUGCCCCAGUGUGUCCUCAGAGCAUUGUGGAGGGCCGCCUGCCAGACGUUAUGUUGCCAGUUUGGUUCACCAACAGCAUCGAUGUGGUGUCCACUUACGUUCAGGACCAGAGCGAGGACUGCCUCUAUCUCAACAUCUACGUUCCCACUGAGGAUGUCAAAAGAAUAUCCAAGGAAUGUGCCAGGAAACCGGGCAAGAAAAUAUGUAAACAAGGAGGUAUGUAUGAUCUAAAUGUAACCUUCACUAUGCCACAAAGGGAAGAAGGAAAACUGUGGGACUACGACGAAGAAUUGUGCGGUAUGGCACACUGCACAGGGUGCAGCUAUAAGCCUGAGGUCUACAAAUUAUUCAGGGCAUGACUUGGGGCGACCAGAGCGGGUCUUUGCAUAAGUUGGAAAGUCAAGAAGUCAGAGUCAGUAUUCUGACUGAAUAUAUAUUAAGGCUUAUCAGAAAAUAUUGUUAAAGAUUCAAAGAAACUACUUUAUUCUGAUUCGUCACAUCUGAUGAGACGACAAUGUCUGAUGAGACAUCUGGGAGAUAAAUCAGUUUUAUCAAUUAAUCAAAUUUUUGGGUUUUGAAUAUUUUAGUUUGGGAAAAUUUGGAUUUUGUCCAACAACUUGAGUUUCAAAUUGAAACUCAAACUCUGCUUGAGUUUCAGAGUGAUGCCAGCUCACCCAAGGCGGCCACUUUUUUAACAGAUGUGUUUCACAUGUUCAUUUAUUUGGACUUUAAAUUCAGGUUUACUCUAUGAUGGAGUAUUGAGGUAAAACAAGGACUUUUUUUAUUUUAAUUACAAGUAUAAAGUUGAAAAUAAAGUCAAUAUAAUACAGGAAUUGAGUCAUUAUAUCACCAAAAAAUGAAGUCAGAAUAUUCAGAGAAUGAAAUGGUAAAAUUAUGAGAUGUCCAACACACAAAAAACUAAAAAUUCACAAGAAAUGUUGAUCAUCUGGAAGGUAACUUUGUUGUUGGUUUUACCUACUAGAAAUAUUUUAUUUUCUAACACAUCAGCAUCUAUUAUUUAUCAAUAGCAGGAAUAUUGAACCAAUUGCACAAAGAAAUAACCACACAAAACGAGCUGCUCAUGCCAGGUCUAUCAAGGGCUUUUUUUUCUCAUUACAACUUUUAUUGUAA